AUGGCAGCGGUAGACGACGACGGAACAGCUCCAUCCUUUUCGGAGCCGUUGGAUCUUGUCCGACUGUCGCUCGAUGAAGUUGUGUUUGUGAAGCUGCGGGGAGAUCGCGAGCUCAAGGGCCGGCUUCAUGCCUACGACAGUCACUGCAACAUCGUCCUCGGCGACGUGGAGGAGACAAUCUACAUCAUUGAAGAAGAUGAAGCCGGAGAGGAGACCGUAAAGACAAUCAAGAAACAGGAAGAAAUGCUGUUCGUCAGAGACGUCAUGACUCACGGAGGACAACACAAGCUACCGGUGGAGGAGCGGCGCAAAUGGGAGAAGUCCCUGAGCGAGUUUGCGGAAUAUGUCGAGAAGCAGCAGGAGAGGCGGUAUAUACGUGGUCAGAACCGUGACGGCUCCGUGGCUCCGAGUGACAGCGGCUAUUCCACUGCAACCAUCACAGCAACAGACGAUCAUUCAGAGCUGGACAUCCUCGACCAGCUCGGCCUAUCAGACCAUCCAACCAGCGUUCAGCUAAAGGACCUGCUCUUGGACGACUCUCCAGAUGCAGAUAAUACGAUCUCCCAGAUAAGGAAGGUCGUGAAGGGGCGGCUGGAUGAAGGCCAGGGCGAGACUAUAUUUGACCUUGGACAGGAAGAUAAUGGCGACUGGAUGGGCUUCGACAAGGAGCAGUGGGAGUUCGCCUUGGACCGUCUACGGCAAGCUGCUCAUCAGAUUAAAGCGGACUGCCGGGUCCUGCUGACAUAUAAUGUUGGCGGCCCCGAGGAGGCAGAGACCAAGAGUGAUCGCAUAAAAACCGCGUACGGGAAGAUUUUGAUACGCCGGGCACCUGAGACGGUGGAGAACGUCAUCGAAACCAGGAUAGCGGUGGUUGGCAAUGUCGACGCCGGAAAAAGUACCCUUCUAGGUGUUCUAGUCAAGGGGAAGCUUGAUGACGGACGUGGUAGAGCUCGAGUGAAUCUGUUCCGCCACAAGCACGAAAUCGAGACCGGAAGAACCAGUUCUGUCGGUAUGGAGAUUAUGGGAUUUGAUACCCAUGGUAACGUUGUUGGUAACGGACAAGUGCGCAAGCAGACUUGGGAGGAAAUUGGGAGGCAGUCUGCUAAAGUAAUUUCCUUCACUGAUCUUGCAGGACACGAACGUUACCUCCGCACUACGGUCUUUGGAAUGCUGAGCAGCAGCCCAAAUUACUGUCUACUGAUGGUAGCCGCCAAUAAUGGACUCAUUGGCAUGAGCAAGGAGCAUCUGGGAAUUGCCCUCUCACUUAACGUUCCGGUCAUGGUGGUUAUCACGAAAAUUGAUAUCUGCCCUCCUCAGAUUCUGCAGCAGACCAUCAAGCAGUUGACCGGUAUUUUGAAAUCUCCCGGUGCUCAUAAGAUCCCCAUUUUCAUCAAGUCGCGAGAGGAUACUGUCAAUACGGCUACACAGUUCGUCAACCAUAGGAUAUGUCCUAUAUUCCAAGUUUCUAACGUGACGGGGGAGUGCCUUGACCUGGUACGGAUAUUUUUGAAUAUGCUUCCACAUCACGGUCGAUAUGACUCCGGUGCUCCUCUGGAAUUCCUGGUGAAUGACACCUUCUCCGUUCCAUUUGUGGGGACAGUUGUAUCCGGUGUCGUGAAAGCCGGAGCCGUUCAUACGGGCGAUUCGGUGCUCGUUGGCCCUGACUCCCUCGGUCAGUUCAAGGGCACCGUCAUCAAGUCUAUUGAGCGCAAGCGAAUCCAUGUGCACGCUUGUUCAGCCGGACAAUCUGCAUCCUUCGCUCUGAAGGGUGUUCGUAGGAAGGAUGUGAGGAAAGGAAUGGUUGUCUUGCCUAAACUUGACCGUCCUCCAAAAGUCUACCGUGAAUUCGUGGCCGAAGUUCUGAUCCUUUCACAUGCCACCACCAUCAAGCCCAAGUAUCAAGCGAUGCUGCACGUAGGCGCUGUAAGCCAGACCUGUUCCAUCAUCGACAUUGACCGUGACUUCAUCAGAACCGGUGACCGCGCUCUCGUUGCGUUCCGCUUCAUCCAACGGCCCGAAUUCCUUUCCGUGGGAGACCGAAUUCUCUUCCGUGAGGGAAGAACUAAAGGCCUUGGAAUUGUUAAGGAAGUCUGUUAUGACCCCAAGGUUCCCCUGAAUCCAGAGAAGAGGACACCCUCGACUGAACAGGGGAAGGCUAACUAA